AUGUCUGGCGAUAAUUUAGUUGGGCAAAUGGUCCAGCUCGUGAGCACAAUUCAAAACAAUCUUUUCAAGAAACAGUAUGGCCCAGUUAAGGCGCCACUUUACAACAAACGCCCCGGCAACAGCACUACAAUAACCUACCCAACAUCGUUGGACGAGUUUUCGUUUAGUUCUCGUCCAAUUAGCAACAACGCGUUCCACCUCGAAAUAAAUGAAGAAGUCGCGCACAAAUUUACCGACAAACUGCAAGCGCAUGACUGGGACGAAAUAAUAAGCCAACUCGAUGACCAAAAUCACAACACACCAACGCCAACACUCGCACAUCAAAUACUCAAAAUGUAUUACGCAACAAACACACGUCCUUUUCCAAUCAACCUUUUCAUCGCCCCUUGGAAAAAUCCACAAACACAGUUACAUUAUUUGUUGUCCUUUGCGUUCGACGGAGAUUUGUUCCCAGACGUCAUUGAACCAAUAUGCUCAAUGUACUCUCUUUCAAAAAUAAGUGUCAUUGGGACAAUAUACUGUAUACUUCAAUGCAACCCAGCAGCAUUUCCGCUCGUUGCUUCGAUAAAUUCUCCACCAACAAUCAUUGCGCUUGGAAAGUAUUUCCACUUCCUUCUUUCGUCAAACAACUUCCUUGAGGUCGAAAAAAUGCUCCCGUUGUUUCCUUCGGCAACCGCAGCGGCUUUGAAAAACGAAAUUAACGCGUCACCAAUUAUGAAGAACGCAAUUGUCAGAUACUUGUCCUCUUCAAAAGCACCACUGGACUCAUUCAAUAUGCUUGGCAUUAAAACGCUCGACGGCGUUUUCAUAUCGCUUUCCCUUGUGAAAAACAAUGUUGUAUCAAUGAAAGGGUGGGCAACUGCUUGCAGGUGGGCGAAGGAGAUUGUACGGUGCAACGAAGAUGAAAUUCGUGGGUACUUCAAUGAAGAUUUGGCAAACCGAGCGAUUGCAGCGUUUUCUGUCGAAACAGGAGAGUUGAUAUCAAAAAUAGAAGUUGUUGAGAUUCGGACGUUGUUCAAUUCGAUUGGAGGGUUGUCGAAAAUGAGUAAAAUGAAUGGAAAGAAAGAGUACGAAUUGUUCAUUAAAUUGAUUUUGAACAGUUGCGAUAAAAUAUUCGAGAACGAAGAAGAUGCAAUUUUUGUGGGGGACAUUGUGGGGGACAUCAUCGAGGAGAGUAUCUUGCCUGUCCACUUAAUUGUACAUUUACUUAAAAACGUGUAUCAGUCGUUGCAACGGCCUGGCACCCAAUUUGAGUUUGGUGUCGCUGCACUGAAAAAGUUCUGGAGAAAGAUGCGGCAAUGGAAGACAUAUGGCAGAAUGGUUUUAGAAAACAAGCGUUUAAUUUCCAAACACCAAGACAUCAUCAAACAAGUUGUGAUGCGGUCGGAAACAAUUCCGUACGUCACGAACGAGGAAGUUUCUCAACGGGUUUCAGAAUUAAAAACAUUAUCAACCGAGGUUUAUCAGUUAAUGAAGAGCGUGUUCGAGUUGUUCGAAGAUAAUUCCGUCGCUGCUAUCAACCAAUUUGUCGCGUACAGCAAAUCGAAAGCGAUCACUGGAAUCGCUGACAUCAUUGUGUACAUGUCGUUAGCCAAAAUUGACUUGCUUCCCCGUUUUCUCGAAUUGAUUGACGGUCACCACAAAGUGCUUCAUUCUCAGUUGUGGAAUUUUGUCGUUGGAGAAUUGGAUCGCGUGAUCAAGCGCCUUCUGUCUCAACAACUAACCCCAGUCGAUGCCGUGGUUUUACACCGCACUGGUGUUAUAAUGGGGAAAGUGACAUUGGGCAAAAAUCGUCCCAUUUUGACAAAGCGGUUUGAUCUGAAGUAUCUUUUACGAGACUCAUUAAGUCACACGUGGUGCUGCGACUUUGUUUUCUUUGUCAUUCAAAUCGUCAAAGAAGCUCGUGGCGUUUUUACGCGGCAGAAUCCAUGGUUAGUCAAAAUCCUCAUGACGCUCCGUGCCGUGUACGAUGCUAUGCCACCAUCGACGGCCAUUUACGGCGAGCUUCACAAGCUUUUUGUACAAUUUCCAUGUGACUUAACUAUUGAAUUGAAGAAUGAGGAAAAACGUGUCAUUGCGACGAGUGAGAUUGCUGGUGAAUUGUUGAACAUUGAAGCUAUUGUGAAGCGUGGAGUCACACAGAAGUACGUGGAAGCGUACUAUGGGCGUCGUUUAACCACCCCGAUGUGGACGGAUUCCAACUUCCCAACAUUCUUCCCCUCUUUUUUGAUCACUGAAGUAUUUGGCCGUUCCGAAUGGGUUGUCAUUUUUUCACUCAUUUACGAGAUUUUUUCGGUGAAAUUUUCAGAGAAAAAAGCCCAGUCAGUCGAAAGUGUUGUUUCUUUGCUUCGGUUGACUGUGAUUCGAGAUACAAAGCGUUCGCCUCGUGAGAUUGCAAAAAGAUGUGUUUUGAGUUUUGUGGCGAAGAUGGGGCGGAUGGUAUUUUUGACCCAAGCGACGGGGGUGAUCUCGAAAAUUGUCAAAACAGAACUUGAUAAGUGGAGAUUGGGCUUUGACGAAAAGAUGCGAGAGGGUGAUAUAAAUAGCGCCAAAAAGGAGGAAAUUUCAUUUGGCGUUGUCUGUCACACGCCACAACUCUUUGAAAAAUGGGUCAUUGCGCCAUUUGAAGAAUUUUGUGUUGCGAAAUUUGUCGACGAUUGUAUGAAGACAACGACCAGGAGAGUCGUUGAGGAAAUUGAGAGAAGAGACACUUUACCCUUUGACGAUAAGAUUAAUAGUUACUUGACACAUCCACAGAUGAUUGCCAGAACUGCACUAUUACCAAGCCAACAAAUAUUGUACGACUUUGAAGAAGUUGAAUGUACACUUUACGGUAACUUACCAGCUAAAAGAGAGCACCAGCUGUUUAAGAAAAUCGAGAUCGGUAAAAACAGUGACAGCGAGUUGGAGGCAAUUUCCAAAUCACUUGACAUGGAAUACAGCUAUGGGUUGUAUGCAUACUGUUUCUUGGAUGAAAUGAUCGAGGAAAAAAAGGCGUUCGAUGAAAACGUGUUGAGUGGGCACUUGUUUGGAGUGACUUCAAGAUCGGCCUCACUGGUAAGAGCACUCGACUCGUUGUUUGAAGGACUCUUCUGGGUGUUGUUAAAAAAUAGUCAAGAUAAUGAAAUCACGUCGAAAAUACGCGGAAUUGUGGAGUAUUUCCAUACUCAGUUUGUGAACGGAGAACGCGAUGAAAAGGAGCAAAAUGCGUUCUUUACGUGCGUUGGAAGGUUUAUGAAAAACAGCGAGCCCAAGGGCAUGCCCGGAUUUGCGUAUAAUUGGGUCGAUAUGAUCACUCCAUCGUUUAUCGUCAAUCGUGUCGAAAAUGCACCAGAGAAAUUUACGGAAUUGACGAAAAAUUUACUGCAAUUUGUCUCAAACAUCAUCGGGAAUGAAAAGGAUAUCCCACAUUCUAUUCUUGUUUUCUACGCGUCUGUGUUGAGAAUAGUUGCUGUUAUACGGCACGACUUCCCAGAAUAUUUGGCUGAAUACUUUGUUGACUAUCUUGAGGUCAUCCCAUAUAGGCUUGGACAGCUCAGAUCAUUCGUUCUAACUGCAACACCCCCUGGUCUCAACUUCUCUGUCAACAUCGCGUUCAACGAAAACGAAUGUGUACACGUUCCACCCAUUAUUAAAUCGAAGUUAGCGUUUGCAGCUGAAGGAGAAGUCGACGCGUUUAUAUAUAGUGGAGAGGAAAGGUUGCUCCCAUUGAUUCUCGAAAAAGUGAAAUGCGACUACCUGAGACUCGCAACGUACCUCGCUCAAAAGAGAGAAGACAAAAUUCACAGUGACUCCAUCUCGCAAUUGCUCUAUUACUUGGUGUUCAAUUUGGAUGUAGCAGAGAGAGAUCUUAUGCUCAAUGCUAUCGUAGACAAUUUGAGAUUCCCCAACUCACACACGCUGUACUUUUCUGUUAUUAUACAAAUGUUCUUCUCGGCCAAUGAAGUCCUUGCAGAACAAAUUACAAAAAUCCUAAUGGAGCGCCUAUUGGUAUCGAAGCCACUCCAAGUUGGUGUCGUUGUCACAGUUAUUGAGCUCAUCAACGUUAAACGGUACGACCUGACGAACAAGGACUUCUUCAAAAAAUGUAAAAAGCUCUGUUCCUUACUCGGCAUACACUAA